AAUGAUGUCACUUCCUCCCCUAUGGGGUUAUAAGGAGGUGCUGCCUGGCCCGGGUAGCCCUGGCAGAGGGUUCUGGCAGCUUGCACCAUGUCACCUGCCUGUGUGCUGUUGCCGCUGCUCCUGGGAGCAGCCGCUGCUGCUCCCCCAGCGCUGAGGCCCUCCAAGGAGGAGCUGACCCGUUGCCUGGCACAGGUGGUCUCGGACAUGCUAACACUGGGCCAAGCACAACAUGGACCUUGCAUGGCCCUUCUCCACAGAGAAAUGUGCCCCCCAGAACUGCACGGCUGCGGGGCAGCGGAUGCGAACCUGGAAAAGCGGGAGGCUGCUGAGACCAGGUCAGGCCAGGAGGACGAGACGGGGAAGGCCCACGAGUCCACAGUGCGGGAACAGGCGGUCCAGGAGCAGCUGCACAGCCGCCUCCGCCAGGAGGACGCGCAGGAGGACGGACAGAAGAGCGGGGCCCGCGGGGCCUUUGGGGGCCCGUGGUGGCUGCGUCUGGAGGGCACAGGUGGUACCCAGAAGCGGGUGGCAGAGCAGGCCCGGGAUGAGGAGACAGAGAAGGAUGUGAAGGUGCUGGGGGAUACUCACAGCCUGUGGCUGGGGUCCGAGGCAGAGCAGCGGGGGGAGCCGUCGCCACCCCACCAUGUCUACCAGCCACCAGCCGAGGCCCAGCAGGAGGAGAAGGAAGCGGCUCGAGAGAAGGAGCAUGAAGUAGAGCGGCUGGAGCACGUGAGAGAGGAGCUGAAGAAGGCCACGGAGGUGCUGGGGGAGGAGCUCCGGAGGGAGGGCUGA